GGCUUCCUUUGAUUUGACCGGGAAAUCGAUGCUGACGUGUGUGCAGUUUCAUGCUACGAAACCAAAGGAAAUAUUAGGAGACUGAGAGGAGUAGAUAUCAUGUCUAACUGUUACAAAUGUGGAAACGAAGGCCACUAUGCCAGAGAAUGUCCAGAUGCAACUGACGGCCAAAAAACAGAUAAGGAAUGCUAUACUUGUGGAGAAGUUGGGCAUGUUGCUCGUGACUGCAGCUCUGGUGGAAAUGCUGGCAACUUUGAUUCCCGAACAUGCUACACUUGUGGCAGGAGUGGACAUAUAUCACGUGAUUGUAGAAAAGGUCGCAGUGGUUUUGGUGGUGGCAACCGAACCAAAUGUUUUCGCUGUGGAAUGACUGGUCACUACGCCCGCGAUUGCGAAUCGGAAGAAGAAAAAUGCUACAAUUGUGGCAAGGCUGGUCACGUUAAGAGAGAUUGCACUGAGACAGAAAGAAGUGGUGGUGUUGGUAGUGGUAGUGGUGGUGAUUCUUGUUACCAAUGUGGCGAAAGUGGUCACUAUGCAAGGGAUUGCCCAAAUGAAUCAACAGGGGCUGGCAUGGGCAAUGUGUCUUGUUAUCGAUGUGGAGAAAAAGGCCACAUGGCACGAGCAUGCCCAAGCUCUGAUUCAAAAUGCUACAAAUGCCACGAAACUGGUCAUUUUGCAAGAGAUUGCACUCAAGAGGCUGUGGAAAGUGAUAGCUAAAUAUUCAUUUCGCAGUUGGUGUCGUCAGCAUAGUGUAAUCUAAUUGAUCGGGUGUGUAGUUUUGGAGCGUGUACAGCGAUGUUCCAAAGUACUUAACUGAGGUGUUACCGUUUGAUAGUUGGUUGUUGGCCAAAUACCGUCAACGAGAAGUUUUGAGACACGGUAUUUGUGGUUGGAUACAGCGUAAAUUUUAUAUGCUUGCAUAAGCAGUCAACAGUAUGAGGAGAAUGCGAAAAUGUAGGGGUAAACAUAAAUUUUGAGGUGGGGAAUUUCUUUAAAGAGAACGAUUGGAUAUUUUCCAAUUUUUGGUUAGUUUCGAGCUACUGGCAUUUUGAAAUAUUUUUAAAAAAAGUUAGUGCAUAACUGUAGCAAAUGCAUAAAUAAUCUUGAGUGGCAUAGAUUUUUUCUUGCAGUUCUUUUUGGUUUUAGAAGCGCUCGUUUUCUGUGUUUGACCAGCGUUCGUAUAAAACCUUUUAUUUCAUAUUUUUAAUAAAUUUUAUAUUUUGGCUUAAAAUAUUAUGAAGACAUCAACGGUGGAGAGAAUAA